AUUUGUGAAAACAAGAGAGUUAGCUGCUGCGCUUUUUGACUGGAUAAAUAACACAAAACCAAUCAGUACCUUGAAUGCUGCGCAGUUUGUUGGUCAAGGAACUGAGUCUUCAGAUGGUGGUAUGACAAAGGUUAAACAAAAGAAUGUUUUGGGGUUCUUCAAAAAGGGUGUACAUCGGGUUGUAAUUGCGACCUCUGUUGCAGAAGAGGGAUUAGACAUCACUCAAUGCAACCUUGUCAUAAGAUACUUGCAUGUAACAAACGAAAUUGUUCGUUUGCAAUCUAGAGGCAGAGCAAGGGCCGAAAAUAGUAAAUACUUUGUUAUUGCCGAGAAAGGAAGUCCUACCCUAGAUAAAGAACAAAAAAACAAACGCUGUGAAGAAAUAAUGAAUGAAAUUGUCCCAGAAUUGCAAGAGUAUUUGGAGAAGCCUGAAAACAAUUGGGAAAAAGAAAUGCUUGAAAUGCAAAAAGUCAUAAAGGACAAGGAAGACCAAAUGCAACGCGAAAGAACAGAUAAUAUGAGCGAUGAUGCUUGUGAAUUUCAGUGUAUGAAAUGCAGUUCAUUAAUUUGUUUAUCUGAAGAUAUACGCACAAUCGAAGGUAGACAUCACAUUGUCAUCAAUAUUGAGGUAAAUGGGCGAUUAAAACUGAAGAGGGGAAAACCUAAAUUUUUUGGACCGGACGAACCUCAGGUUGGCGGAAAAAUAUUUUGUAUGAAAAGCGACUGCCAAAACGAACUAGGAACACUUUGCACGUACAAAGAUAUUGUGUUUCCUUUGAUCAGAUUGAAAUUGGUUCGAGUGGUGAACAAAAAUGGAGACGGAAAUAAGUACAAGCAAUGGAAACAACUCACUUGUCGCAUCCAGGAGCUGUCGGAUGACAAGUUCUGCUCACUUGUCGAGGAAAGAAAAAUGAACUUAUUGUUGUAAGGAUAUGAAUUUAUACUAGAAGUCGUGCCAUUAAUGUCAGUAUGACUAUAAGCGAGAACCUUCAACGACCGUGCAAAUGUGGUAAAAUGUUUGAUUUGGCGGGAUUCAAGCGUCGUUCAACACGAGUGUUUCAGUUCAAAUUACAUAUUUGGUAGUCUUUUGGUAACCGCUAUUGUUUGAAAUUAUUGCUACCGUUUUCAUACUUGAAUGGAUUAUUUUAUAUUUUGUACGCUGCUAAAAAAUAUUGGCUGUGCAUUAUACAAAUGUAUAAAACAUACUGAUUCAGAACAUUGUUAAACAUUGAUUUAUUUCAUUCACUUAUAUCCAAA